UGCUGAAAGUUGAAUGUGAUUGGAAUUGGUCGUGAAGAAGAAUUGAAUUGGUGUUGUGCGGUAUUUCUUCGUGAAUAAAAUUGCUUUUAUUAUAUUGAAUAUAAAUUAAAGAAAGCAAAAAAUGGAGCUCGCAGCCUCAGCACGUUGUGGUAUUAAAAUGUUGCAGCUUGUCCAACCUCCUGCAAUGCAAGCACUGUUACAAAUGCAGUCCCAGCAAUUGCGUCACAGGCAAACGAAACAUUGGCAACCGAAAUUUAAGAAGCUACGUGCACAAAAAUUCGUUAAAUUGGACUUACCUAAUUUUCAUGAGAAGCCAGGUGAUUUGACUAAAGAAGAAAUGCGUAGCCGGUUAAAGGAACGCGGUGUGCUACCACCACGCCCUUGGCUCGAACGCCCAUUCCAUAUCAGUUGCACCGGUGGUAUUUUCGAACCCUACGUUCCGCCAGAGGGUGAUGGCAAAAAGUCUUUCAUUUCAUCAGUGGGCGCCAAACAAAAGCUGGAAUUCCUCGAAAAGAAAUCGAAAAGUGUAAUGGCAGUGCGUAAAAUACGCUCAUACGAAGAAGAAUUCAGCACGGAUGAAUUCGCCAGUCAAGCGCAGGAUAUUUAUAUUGCAGCCCACAACCAAAUGGCAGCGAAAAAUAAACAUCAGCUACGUGAAUUCGUAACUGAACGUUGUUAUCCGGAAAUGAUGCAUAAUGUACGUGAUAAGACCAUCCAUUGGCGUUUCUUACAAUCAUUGGAACCACCACGUCUUGUGCAUGCUCGUGUAACUGACAUUAUAAGCAAAGAGAAUUUGUACGCACAAGUAACGGUGCGUUUCCAUACACAGCAAGUGCUGGCUAUUUACGAUCGCUUUGGCCGUUUGAUGCACGGUAGCGAAAUUUUAGCUAAGGAUGUAUUGGAAUAUGUGGUCUUUGAAAAGCAUAUCUCCAAUGAAUAUGGCAAAUGGCGUUUGCAUGAUAAGAUCAUACCAGAUUGGUUGCCAGCUAAGGAACCGGCACCAAUUACGUAUCGCGUCAUUGAAGAACCCGAGGCGGAUGUGGAACUACUCGCAGAAGGGGAUAAGAAAUUGGAAGCUGGCGCCGAAAAACAAAUUCAACAACAAUCGGAAAAUAUUGAAUCUACCACCCCAGUGUCGGCUGUAGAUGCGGGCAACGAAACCAAAUCGGCAAAGUCGACGACGGCAAGUCCGUCCAUUUGAUUGUACUAUUUGUUGGCAGGUUUAAGAAUCAAAUUGUUGGAUUAUCGAAGAAUACAAUAAAACUGGUUUAAGUUAUAAAA